UAAGACAUCAAUUGAGCUCGGACAGAAACGAGUUUUUCUUGGAAUCAUGAAGCUAUUGACACUUAUUUUGGCCCUGGCAGUUGCCUCCGAAAGUUCGGCCAAGAAGAAGGACGAUCGCGUGGACAUCAUCACCAAUGGCAGUCCGGCCUACGAUGGCCAGGCGCCCUACGUGGUGGGCAUGGCCUUCCAGCAGAGCAAUCUCUGGUGUAGCGGCACCAUCAUCGCUGACACCUGGAUCCUCACCUCGGCCCAGUGCCUGACUGGUAGCUCUGGAGUAACCAUUUACUUUGGAGCCACCAAGCUGACCUCGGCUCAGUUCUUGGUUAGUGUGGGUGCUAGCCAAUAUGUGACUGGCAGUGAGCAUCUUGCCCUGGUUCGGAUUCCCCGAGUUGGAUUCAGCAAUCGAGUGAGGAAUGUAGCUUUGCCAUCGCUGAGGGAUAGCUCCCAGAGCUAUGAGAACAGGUGGGCCACCGUUUGUGGGUAUGGCGUGACCACCUUUACCAGUGGUCUCUCCGACUGGCUGCAGUGCGUCGACCAGCAGAUUAUGCCCAACUACGAGUGCGUCUCCUUCUACGGCUCCACCACCGUCUCUAACCAGAUCCUUUGCACCCGCACUCCCGAAGGCAGAUCCCCUUGCUUUGGCGAUGCAGGAAGUCCCCUGGUCACCAAGCAGGGCUCCACUUUGGUGGGCAUCUCCGCAUUCGUGGCCUCAAAUGGAUGCACACUGGGCUUGCCGGCUGGUUUUGCCAGGGUCACUGCCCAACUGGAUUGGAUACGCCGGAACACUGGCAUCUCCAAUUAAAAGAGCGAGUGUACUAAACAUUUUUCCAUAAAGUGUGUCUUUGAAAGCAUUAUCUAAAGAG